AUGCUAAAUCAAGCAAAAGCGUCUUCACCAGAUGGAAAAGACCUCAUCACUCCCGAAGGCGUGGUCACAUGGGAAGCGCGUGUUUGGAAAGCCCUCAACUGGAUUCGGGAGUGCAGGUCGUCACACAGCCUCUGCGAGCACCCAGCCUUCAGCCGGGAUGUUCGCCCCUCUCGCCUUGUCGAAGUGUACGCAGAGGGUGCCGAAAAACGUAUUCUGGUUAUUCAAGUCCCACUUACUGGCAGGCACAUCGACUACACGGCGCUGAGCCACUGUUGGGGUCCAUCCGGUGUGCCCUUCAAGCUGACCAGGUCGACCAUGGCUCGCCUUGCGUGCGGUGUUCCUCUGACCGAGCUGCCAAGGACCUUCCGGGAUGCCGUUCGGGUAACCUCGAGCCUUGGCCUCAGGCACAUCUGGAUUGAUGCAUUAUGCAUCCUUCAAGAGGAGGCCUGCGACGAUUCGCUCAGCGCACACGAUUGGGAGAUCGAGGCGUCGAAAAUGGGGAGCAUCUACUCCAACGCGUACGUUACGCUUGCCGCGGCGGAUGCGAGGGACAGCACUGGCGGUUUGUUUCUCGACGUUGUGCCUCGAUACCUCUCUCGGUUCGGUCAUCAUGUCCUCGCCUAUGGCCGGGCAGGCGAACCUUCUCGUCUGCCGAAAGAGUCGGUACUGAGUUCGAGAGGCUGGAUUUUGCAAGAACUAGUUCUCUCACCUCGUGUGAUUCACUUCUCUACCAAUCUAAUCUUCUGGCAGUGCAAGCAAUCAAAGCACAUGUGUGAGGACAACAGCCACGAGGCUAGUUCGGCUCCCCUCGCUCGGUUCGGGGCGAAGUACCGCAGCCUGCCUUUUCCCGGUCGACCAGACUGGAGCAACCCUUCGAAUACUUGGAGUGAGUGGACAGUGCAAUACUCCAGGAUGCACCUCACACGGCCUACCGACCGACUCGCCGCUUUCGCUGGCAUUUCUCGGUACUUCCAGCGUAUGACAAACUGGACGCCGGUUGUCGGUUUGUGGCAAGAAGAUCUCAUGAUGGGACUCCUGUGG